AUGGUUGCCACUGAAUAUGAAGAUGGCGGUAUUCGAGUCGAUGAUAUUGCCAAUAACAACGCGAAGCUGGAAGAAAAAGCCACUCAAGAAACGGGGGAGGUUGUAUAUAUUGACAAAGAAGACACUACAGUCAGGGAGCUGCUAUCAUCAGAGAUUGUGCGCGCCGUUCUCCUACGGAAGCAAAGCCAGCCUGGAUGCGUCAGAGUCGAACCGGAUGAAAAGGAGGCGAACGAAAAACCAUCGAAGUACACGCUGACGGAAAAAUUGGAUGGAACUGUCCUCGUUGCUGCAAAGCAGAAGGAGAGUAUUAUUCUAUUAGGUAACAUCACUGUGCGAUGUUUCCGCCGGCGCCCAUGA